GCCCAGUGCAGGGGGCUCAUACCAUCAAAUCCAGUUUGCAGAUGGAGAAACUGACACACAGCUACCACCUGGCUGAGCUGGGGGGUGAGCUGGGCCGUUAGAAUCCCCAGCCACGUUGUCAUCAUCGGGCUACUCUGUACCUGGGCUGCUAGUUGCGUGUGGGAUGCGUGGUGGCGAAUCACUGCAGAACCCUACCCAGCCAUCGUGAGCGGUGACGUGGGGUUCACCAUCGCAGGAGUCUAGGAAGGCCUGUGGCUUCAAGGAAUGGGAAACUCAGUGAGUGGGGCUUUGGACCCAUCAGGGUUUAUUUUCUUACACACAGGUGGGCAAUGGCUUGAACCCUUCCAGUUGUUUGGCGAAGCCAUCAGACCCAGGCUUUCUCACCUCUCAGUCCUGUCUUGAGCUCGGAGCCUUCUUGGCCUUUCUACGGAGCAUUCCUUCCUGCUUUGGGAUCAGGGUCUUCAAAGGAGAAGGAACAGGAGGCCUGUGGUCUGCUUCGGGAGGAGGGUUCUAGUUUGGCGCUCUGGCAGAAGUGGGGGGCAAGAGGAGGGCAGACACAUUUGGCUUCUGAGGCUGCUUCUGAAGCCUCCCAGUCUCCUUCAGCUUCAAGUACUCAGUAUGCCAAAGUGCUUACUUUGGGAGAAUUGCUGGGAGAGCCCCAGCGGGCCCCAUUGCAUAGUUCCAGGGGUCGAGUCACACACUCUGCCUGUUUCCCCCAGAGAAGAGAUGUCGGAGGCAAGACCCAUCACCAGGGACCUCUUCAUUGAGACCCUCCUGUAUGAGCAGCUCCCCGGACCUCCGUUGGCUGCAGGGGUUUCCAGCAUGACAGAGUCCUUGGGGACCUUGGACCUCAUCCACUGCCUCGAGGGCAGUAACCAGAUGGCCCUGCGGCUAGCCUCCAUUGGUGAUGAGAUGGACCUGCGUCUCCGGAGCCCUCGUCUGGCCCAGCUGCCUGGGAUGGCCAUGCACAGCUUGGCCCUCACCUACAGCCAGACAGGUGUCAGGGGAGUUCUCAGAAACUUCAUCCAUGGUCUCACUCACCUCUGGGAGAACAUGAGGUCCUGGAGACUCCCAACCCCUAGCACUUGGGUGUUCCCUGACCAGGUCUGCAGGCAGCUGCUGCCCUCGGUGCUGCUGGCAGUCCUGUUGCUUGGAGGCAUCCUGCACCUGGUGCUGCAGUGAGGGGGGGGCUGGGGCAGGGCUGGCUGGUCCCUGCCCGUCAGCCUCCACCCUGGAGGUGGCCCAUGCCUCCCCAGCUUUGUUCUUUUUAACUGUGGUGUUUGCCGACAAUCCCUUUUUUUUAAUAUU